AUGAGAGAACUUGGGGUUAUGAUCUGUGAGAGACCUCAUGGAGAGAGUUUGGUUUGUUUGAGACCUCAUGGAGAGGAUUUGGUCUGUGUGAGACCUCAUGGAGAGAGUUUGGUGUGUGUGAGACCUCAUUCAGAGGAUUUGGUCUGUGUGAGACCUCAUGGAGAGAGUUUGGUCUGUGUGAGACCUCAUGGAGAGCAAUUGGUCUGUGUGAGACCUCAUGGAGAGAGUUUGGUCUGUGAGAGACCUCAUGGAGAGAGUUUGGUCUGUGAGAGACCUCAUGGAGAGAGUUUGGUCUGUGUGAGACCUCAUGGAGAGAGUUUGGUCUGUGUGAGACCUCAUGGAGAGAGUUUGAUCUGUGAGAGACCUCAUGGAUAUAGUUUGGUCUUUGCCACAAGAAAGCCCAGUACUAUUUUGUGGUUCAUACUAGCACUUUAUGGAGAUGCUAGCCAGAUCACAUUGAGAGAUCCUUACUUUGUUUUUAAUAUAUAUUCAGGUUCAAGUUUGAUGGUUGAGGAAGAAAAAAAGACAUGUUGA